GAUCGUUAUCGUUAACCUGGAGUUAGCUCCACCUGUCGGGAAUUUCUGGGGUUAGACGACAAACGAGACUAUCGGUGCGUGAUACCCACAUACCUGUUGCUCGUGUGCAUUACCUAUCGACUGCAACCCACGGGUAGGGCGUUGUCUCUUCACACACACAGAUCAUCAUGGCAAUAGAUAUUGAGAAGGACACCCGCCUGCACUGGGGUGACGUGCUUGUUAUUGUUGGAUACUUCAUCAUCGUUAUCAUCUUUGGAAUCGGGUCAUCAUGCAAAAACAGAGGAAGUAUUGGUGGUUACUUUUUGGCUGGAAGAAGCAUGCACUGGAUUCUUAUUGGCGCCUCACUGUUUGCCAGUAACAUUGGCAGUGGUCAUUUUGUCGGCCUCGCGGGAUCUGGUGCAGCUUCCGGGAUUGGAAUUGCAGUCUUUGAGUUGAAUGCGAUUUUUGUGCUGAUGAUAUUGGGAUGGAUCUUUGUACCGGUGUAUAUAGCGGCUGGGGUAUUUACCAUGCCCGAGUACCUGCGGAAGAGAUUUGGAGGUCAGAGAAUCCGGGUCUAUCUGUCCUGCCUCGCCUUGAUCCUGUACAUCUUCACCAAGAUAUCGGCUGACUUGUUUUCGGGCGCCCUGUUUCUCACCCAGGCCAUGCCGGAACUGAACCUGUACGUAGCAGUCAUCAUUCUGCUCAUUAUAGCAGCACUCUUCACUAUUGGAGGUGGGCUGACUGCUGUGAUAUGGACAGAUUUUAUCCAGACAGUCAUCAUGAUUGGUGGUGCUUUUGUCCUUAUGAUUCUCAGUUUCAUCGAGGUUGGAGGUUACGAAAAGGUCAUCAAGGAGUUCUUCGAGGCGUGGCCCAACACGACCCGACAACACUACGGCAACCCCAACGACAACUACUCGUACACCGAGUGCGGCAUCCCCCCAGACAACUCGAUGAAUCUCAUACGCAGCCCCGACGACGGCAACCUACCCUGGCCGGGAAUCAUGUUCGGUCUGACCAUUUCCUCUGUGUGGUACUGGUGCUCCGAUCAGGUUAUUGUACAACGGACACUUGCGGCUAAGACACUUUCUCACGCUAAAGCAGGCACCAUUAUGGCUGGUUAUCUCAAGUUUCUACCAAUGUGGCUCAUUGUCUUCCCCGGUAUGAUUGCCAGGAUCCUUUUCCCAGACAGGAUAGCGUGUGCUGACCCGGACGAGUGUGAGAAGAUCUGCCAGAGUCGCGCGGGCUGCACGAACAUCGCCUUCCCGACCCUGGUGCUGGAGCUGAUGCCGCCCGGACUGCGUGGUCUGAUGCUCGCCGUCAUGAUGUCGGCCCUCAUCUCGUCCCUGACCUCCAUCUUCAACAGCAGCAGCACCAUCUUCACCAUCGACAUCUGGAAGAGGUUCAGGAGGAACGCCUCAGAGGUUGAACUCAUGAUCGUUGGCAGAGUGUGUGUGUUGGCGCUGGUUGUCGUGAGUAUUGCCUGGAUCCCCAUAGUCCAGGAGAUCAAGGAGCUGUUCCACUACAUCCAGGCCAUCACCAGCUACCUGGCGCCCCCUGUGUGCGCGGUCUAUGUCCUGGCAGUCUUCUGGAAACGCACAAAUGAACCGGGGGCGUUCUGGGGUUUGAUGGCUGGUCUGUUGGUGGGUUUGAUUCGGUUCGCCUGGGAGUACUCCUACCCCGCUGUUCCGUGUGGCGACACCUCGGGGACCGUGAAGCCCGACAUCAUCGCCAAGGUGCACUACCUACACUUCGGCAUCCUGCUCUUCUUCAUCAGCGCCACCGUCACUGUGAUCGUCAGCCUACUCACCAAACCUAUACCCGAUGAAAAUCUGUAUCGACUGACGUUCUGGAGCCGCUAUGAAACUCGUGAACGUAUCGACAUCUCACCUGACGAGGACGUUGCUAACGCGGACGCCGAACCUGCUAAAUCACUCGAAUUUGUACAAGAGGAAUACGACACCCUUCCAUGGUACAAGAAGGCGUUCGAGUGGGUCUGUGGUAUCGAGAAGAUGGGCGCCGUCAAGCUCACGCCGGAACAGACCAAGGCGUUGGAAGCGAAGCAGACGUCAAUUCACGAGUCGAAGGCAUGGCGGCGAGUCCUCAACAUCAACGCUGUGAUCCUCAUGACGCUAGCCGUGUUUGUCUGGGGGUUCUUUGCCUAAACCUGCCUGUGAGACAGACCACUAUUGGCAAACACUGUUGGCAGACAGUUUCAUUCGAUGGGUAGCCAUGGUAAUGGAUACCGGUGGACACGUACAUAUAUAUACAUAUUUAGCUUAUUUUUUGAGCGGGAGUGCCAUACGAAAUUUAUGAAACGAGUUUUGAAAUUGUUUUUGUUUGUUUUUCUCUCCGAGCGAGAGCGAGGGGUAUAAAAGUAUUAAAACAAUUACCAAACGAGUUCCAUAAAUUUUGUGCGACACUUAUGCAUGUGUGGUAAUUUAUUUUUUAUCCGCAUUCUGUAAAUUAUAACCAACAUUAAGUAUGAGCGUAUUCACUGCACAAUUGAUGUCCAUAUAAAUCUGAACGAGAAGAGCUGUAAAAUGCUGAAGUAUCACCCCAUCGGUACACACUUAGUAAAUGGUUCCCAUUUAUUAACUAUAAGAAAACAACAACAAAAGUUCAGCUGUGAUUAAUUACUUAAUCAGUCCAUGUAUUCAGUUACCUUUUUAUGUUCUCGUUACUGAAAGCAAGUUACAACGCCAUAGCUAAAUGGAUGAUGUCAAUUUCACAAACCGCAACUGUUACAAGGUUGCAGUCAGUAUAGACUAGUGACGUCAAAAGUCUGCCAUAACAAUAUGUUGGUACAAGCUAUAAAGAUUAUUAAAAAUAACACAGUAAUUAUGUAACCGUUUAUUGUAAAGCAUGCGGGUAAUAAAGUAUUAUUCUAUAAUCUAUGGUCACAAACAAGUUGGGUGUGGGGGAUCUGGGCACAUGCUCCCAUCGAAUACAGGUGCCCUUAGAUUCAUGUGAAGACAUAUGAAGUACAAUUGUGUUGGGUUUCUACUUUGUACAUCGUUUAAAUUAAUAUUGCCAGUCUGAUUGGUUGUAUUACUAGGUCUUCAGUAUGUGUAGGGUCUCAACGCUGAAUAGGUUGGAUUUACUGCACACUUUGGCCCCACACUUGGUGGCAUUUUAAAGCUGAAAUAUCAUAGUUUUAUCAUUUAACCAUUUUAAAUAAUUCAUCCCCAUUCUUUCGCCAGGUUUUUAUCAUCGCAUAGCAUUCUCUGAUAUCCUUUGAGAAAAAAAUCGCUAAUAUAGAUGUCUCAUUAAAAUGUGAUGUUCUCCAUUUUGACACUCGGAUAGCGAGGUUCCUUUUCACUGUUUUGUCUUACAUGCCGUAAAUCUCCCAUAUUUCAUAUCAUAUAAGAGAAGAAACGGUGAACUUCAUGUUGUUACCUGUUAUUGGAAAAUAUGACGAUGGUUCUGAAAAUAUACUUAUUUUCACAUUAGUAAUACGCAGAAUUCUAGCGUUUGUCGCAACGUUUUACAUUACGUCAUAGUAUUACAAAAUAUGGCUACAAAUGUUGUAUGGAGGCAGUUCUAUAAAGUUCGAUUAAACUGUAGGUGCGUUUGAAUUUUGCAUUAAAAAAUGUUAUAAUAUGAUAAAACGAGAUUGUAACUUUAAAAUAUGAUCAAAUACAGUAAUAGAAAUUUGCUGGUAAUAGAAAAGUAAUCAAAUCGAACCUUAUUGUAAAACAUUAAAAAUACACAUGCACAUGUAUUGGCAAUUUAUAAUGCAAAUUUAUCCAAAAAAAUAUUUUAAUUUGGGCAUUUUUAGCGAAUCGGAUUAAACUACCCCAGAAAAAAGGUCAAUAUAUUGACUCAAAUCCGACGAAUGAGGUCCCUGUUUUUUUAGGAAUAUAAUGAAAUUGUUAAAUGUACAAAAGGGCUUCUUCAUUUUCGAUUCCUUGGAUCCGCCGGUUGUAAAAGAUGUAAACUUGGAAAACAAUGAUCCCACCUCUGUGGUGUUAAAUUAAGCUUCUUAUGCCUAAAAUUAGUGCUGAGAAUUGAAAUGAACGUAGCUUCGCUACACAGCUACGUGUGCAAUAUUGCACGGGUCCCAAAACAUUGUUUAGUGCUUUCAAAUUAUGCCUUUAUAAAGUUUCCGUAUAGCAAGAGUUUCAGGAUCGAUUCCUGUUAACGUAAUGUGAUAAUCAGUGUAUAGGUCACGGAGUUAUAAACGAGCAAUAGCAAAUUUGUUAUUCAAAGUAGAAGCUUUACAAUUAUAAAUGUUUACUUUAAAACGAUUAUAAUCUAUAAAUGCGCUGCUAUUACUUUUAACUUAUAACAUGUCAUAACAUAUUUACAUACACUGAACACAAACAAAAACCCCACAAAUCGGGGUUAUGGUUAGUUCAUAGUUAGAAUAUGUUUACAUGAUUACAAAGACCCAUUUCUGUAAAAUGGUACAUCAACCUGUAAUGUUUCCGAAUCUCAAUAUUAUUAUGUUAAUCCCUUCUUUAAAAAACACCUGAAUUUAAUGUAACAAUUGUCUUUUUGUGUUCAGUAUAUUUGCUUUGCUGGUAUAUUUGAAUACUGAUUUUAUUUUUAAAGUGUCCAUAAUACAAGUUAGAAAUGAGUGUACGGUUCACAUAUCAAUAACUAACAUUGUUUUUGUUGUACAGGGCUUCUAAAGUAUGGUAGCCCCACUCCCAUGGCAAGUCAUAUUCAGUGUUGGGCUAGUAAAUAACUACUACUGCCAUGCCCAAUGGCUAGUGAAAAAAAGUUGUAAAAUCCUGCAUUUAAGUCUAUUUUGUAAAUAUGAGUAUCCUGCCUCCAUCUCCACCUCCCAAUCUUAGUGUUAUUAAUCGCUAUCUCUAUCUUUCGGUAACAUACUGAUUAUUACUAUUAGUAAAAUUGUAUUAAGUAGGGCUAGUGAAUUUAUAAUUGUGGCUAGUACAUUUUAAAAAUCACUGAUCCCAUGGCUAGUGGAUUUUGUAAAAAUUCUAAAAGCCCUGAUUGUAUCACUAUCAAGCAAUAAUAUUAGAAUCCUCUGUGUGUUUUAACGCUAAUUAACCAGUUUCCCCACGCAUAAGCAGUGUAUAAAUACUGUCAUAAUAUCACCUUAGAUUUGUGUUCAGAAUUCUAGUUGUGAUAUAUACACAGACACCUUGCAUAACAGGUAUCUCUUUUCAAAGGGUAGUUAGACGCGGCAUGCAUAGCGAUAUAUUUUAAUCUGUAUAUAAAGGCCACCUACUUUUUAAGACCACGUUUUAGGUGCCUUGUGUAGUCUUAAUAGAUAGGUGUUGAAUAUUAUAAUUUAGGAAAUGGAAACAUAUCGGAAUGUCUCUAUGAUCCAUUUCAUGUAUUUGUUGAUAAUAAAUAUAUACGCAAUCAGUA